AUGAAGUUUGGACGCAACUUACCUCGCAAUGUGGUUCCCGAAUGGAGCGCAAACUAUAUUCAUUACAAGGAUUUGAAAAAGCUCAUCAAAGCUGCGGCGGAGAAUGUGAAGGCUGGCCAUGAGGCUGACCUUGCAGGAUUCUUCUACGCUCUCGAUCGAAACCUCGAGGAUGUCGACUACUUCUAUAAUAAGAAAUACGCCGAUUUUGCGCGCCGCAUGAAAAUACUGGAAGAACGGUAUGGCCCGUCACUGGACGGCCGCCAGCGCCUCGAUGCAGAGGAAGUGGAGGAUUUGUUGGCGGCAUUGCUCGAGCUACGUGGCCAAUGGCGCAAACUACAGUGGUAUGGCGAAGUCAACCGUCGGGGCUUCAUCAAAAUCACCAAGAAGUUGGACAAAAAAGUCGGGGUCCAGUCACAGCAGAAAUAUCUGGAGACCAAAGUUGAUCCAACUCUCUUUGCGUCGAACCCGUAUAUCACCCAGGCUUUGAAGAAGAUCAACGACCGUUUAUCAGUCCUUGGGGAACAGAAGAUCAACGAUGAUGCCAGCUCCACGCAUUCGUCCCUGUCAUUUAAGACCGGCCGAUCUCGUCCGCAUCUGAACCUGCCACCUAGUAUGCUACAGGCUGUCGAUGAAGCGUUGCGCAAAAAUGACACGCAUGUCCUGCUCGAGCUACUCGAGACACUGAAGGCGGCUGCUGACGAUUCGGGGGAGCACAUUUUUCCCAAAGUUCUUCAGAGCCUUCUCCAGAGAUCCAUCUAUUAUCGCGCAAACGCUUGCAUUACAGUGUUGCUGAAUCGCAUGGAUACCCUGGACGAGGAGGAUGAUAUCAACAAGCGCAACUGUAUUCAUCGGCUUGUGAUCUCGAUCGGUCGAGCACAGUCCUCCACCGACUCGGAGCAGUCUGCGUCUAUGGUCCUGGACUUUCCUUUGGAAACGUCGAAUUACAUCACUCCCGCCGCGAUGCCGACUCUGCAAGCCCCUCGUUCGGUAUUGAAAGAGGAAGAUUUCCCCCAACACCUGGAAAGAUCCGAUCCGCCGGUGUCCCUGUUGCAACAUAUACUGGAUCAACUUCGUCCGGAGCAACGCAGUGCUUUGCUUGCGAAGGAUAUAUCCGGGCGUACCCCGCUUCACUAUGCAGCACAAUAUGGGUUCAAGGUUGUGUGUGAGGUGAUCAUCGAGCACUUGCAGGCGUGGGAUAUGUUUGAUGUCAACGAGGGAAUUGAUGGCCCAAAUUGGCAAGACAAUGAUGGUUGGGCUCCGUUGCACUUGAGUGUCGUUGGUGGUCACCCCUUGACUACCAAAUGUCUCCUCGAGUCAGAAAAUUGGCACGGAGCUAACAAAGACAAGGCGAGGAUCCGCAAACAGGUCUCGCGCUCGAGUGCUGUGUUAGCUUUGGCAACGAAAGCCAACUUUGUCGAUAUUGUGCGGCUCUUGGUUGAGGCGGGAGUGGAUAUCAAUUACCAGGAUGACCAAGGCGAAACUGCACUGCAUGUCGCUGCUCGCUUUGGGCAUCAUCUAUGUGCGGAAAUCCUGCUACAGGGGAAUGCGGAACAGAAGGCCGAUCCCGAGCUCGCCGAGAAGACGUAUGGAUGGACGCCUCUGUUUGUCGCAUGCGUGGAUGGAGCUUUGAGUGUAGUGGAAUUGCUGAUCGAAGCAGGCGCCAAGCUCGAAAGACUUGACUCCUCUGGGUGGACAGCAAAGGAGCAUGCGGCUUUGAGAGGUCAUCUGGAUAUUGCUCGAUGCCUUGCAAAGGUGACGCCGCCGCCAGAGAUCAGUGAGGCGGAGCCUGUCAUUCCUGUUCCAACUGCCACGUCCGCUCCGCCAUCUCCUCCACUCUCUUCCUUGGCUGAUAGACGGUCCAAUUUACCUUCCAGCAACUCCUCGCUGCGUAACGCGGAGCCUAUCAAGACUUUUGGCCAUCGGUAUCUCACCGAUGAGUCUAUGGUACUAGUCAGCCUGGGCACUAUGGACAUGCGCAGCUCCGCCGAGGCUGUCAAUCUUGACCGAAUCCCUAUGCAAAGCGCCCAUUCCACCCAGCUCGACACUGCCCUGUCAAUUGUCGUUUCCGCCAGUGGGGCUCGAGGGGAGCCUGAGAUCAUUGAUCUUCCCGUUCAAGAUAACAUCUCCACUGAGCCCAUCGUUUUCCACGCUAAAGAUGCUUCCAAGGUUAGACUCCUGUUCGACCUGGUCCCGACCUACGCUGGCUCGAAGGACAAGAUCGUCGGACGGGGUGUUGCCUUGCUUUCGAGUAUCAAGCCCACGCUCGGAUCUCACCGCAUCAAUCUCAAAGGUGACUCCACUGUUCCCAUUGUGGCAGCGAACACAUUGGAGGUGAUUGGCUCGGUCACCUUCAACUUUUUGAUAAUCACGCCGUUCAAGCACCCCAACAUGACAAUCACCGGGGACCGAACGUACUGGAAGAGUAUGAGCUCGACCAUGGUGAUCGGGCAUCGUGGUCUGGGUAAGAACUUUGCUAGCCGCAACUCGUUGCAGCUCGGCGAGAAUACAGUGCAGUCAUUUAUCGCUGCCGCUAAUCUGGGCGCCUCCUACGUUGAAUUCGAUGUUCAGCUCACCAAAGAUCACGUACCUGUCAUCUAUCAUGAUUUCCUUGUCAGCGAGACGGGCAUUGAUGCUCCGGUCCACACUCUCACUUUGGAACAGUUUCUUCAGUUGGGAGACAAUAAAUCGGCCCGUCGCCCUGGGUCUCCGCCUCGCACACCCGACAGUUCUGGAGGAGAGAAAGGCUACUUCAAUCCUCGCCAGCGGUCUAUGUCUGUUGGUGGUUCUGAGUAUGACCCAUCCGAACUGAACGAGAAAAUCAAGCAUACCCGUGACUUCAAGAAGAAGGGAUUCAAAGGCAACAGUCGCGGCAACCACAUUCAAGCACCCUUCGCCACGUUGGAAGAGUUGUUCAAGAAGCUUCCCAAAUCCGUUGGGUUCAACAUUGAGCUGAAAUACCCCAUGCUCCACGAGAGCGAGGAGGAGGAGAUGGACACGUAUGCAGUGGAGUUGAACUCAUUUGUGGAUACUGUUCUCACCAAGGCCUAUGAUAUGGGCCAGGGGCGCAACAUGAUCUUCUCCAGCUUCAACCCCGACGUUUGCUUGCUGCUGUCCUUCAAGCAACCAUCCAUCCCCGUGCUCUUCCUGUCGGACUCGGGAGCCUCUCCUGUCGGCGACAUCCGUGCUAGCAGUCUGCAGGAAGCAGUUCGUUUUGCAUCCCGAUGGAACCUGCUCGGUGUUGUCUCGCAGGCUGAAGCUCUCGUUCUUUGCCCACGCCUCGUUCGAGUGGUGAAGGAGUCCGGGUUGGUGUGUGUGUCUUAUGGAGCCAUCAACAAUGAGCCGGCCAACGUCAAGUUGCAAGUUGCCGAGGGAAUUGAUGCGGUCAUUGUGGACUCAGUGCUCGCCAUUCGGAAAGGACUUACCGAACACGAGAGCAAGGGCGAGACGCCGGGAGUUUCACCGCUGCCCAGUCCUUUGGCCCAGCCUACGUCAGGUGCUCUGCAGGAGUCAAUCACGAUUCCCGUCCUGAACCAGACGGAGGAAAAGGACGGUCACCUUCACGUGAAGCAGGAGGCGAUCAUCUGA